AUGGACCUUUGGUGUGCAGUGACGUUGGUGGCGUUUGUCGCCACCGCUGGCGCCUCCCUUCAUGACAACCACCUUGAUGAUAGGGUAGUGAUGGUGCUACCGGUGUUGGCGCCUCCCAAAGACUCCCCGACACGCGCUACUGACAGAUCCAGGCAGUUCCCUAUACUAAUACUGUUGUCCCAGAGGAACUCUUCCCAAAAGUUAAGAGAGCCAGAAGCUAAGUCACUAAAUUACAAUCAACAACCUAUAUAUGUUAAGAAACUAGAAGACCAAGAUCAUCCUGGAAGGUUAAAUAGGCAAAAGCGUACCCUCGGAAAGCUCCUGCUUGGCCACGGCGUUGGGUUUUCCUUCGGUGGGGGACAUGGCUGGGGUGGAGGAGGUGGUUACGGCGGGGGCUACGGUGGGGGAUACAGUGAAGGACGCGGCUACGAUGGAGGCUAUGGUCACGGAUACCAGGAGCCACAGAAGACCGUUAUCGUUAAAGUCAUAAAAGAGCAUACUCAUAGCCACGGCGGUCAUGGUGGUCACGGUGGGCACUAUGGUGGAGAUGGUGGAUAUGGAAACUAUGGCGGUGGAUAUGGAGGAGGCGGUGGCGGUGGUUAUGGCGGUGGUUAUGGCGGUGGUUAUGGUGGUGGCUAUGGUGGGGGCGGCGGCGGCGGCGGUGGCGGAGGCGGUGGAUACGGAGGAGGUGGCGGUGGCGGUGGAGGUUAUGGUGAUGGUGGAGGCUUAAAUCAUGGCGGAGGUUACGGCAACAAUGGAUACAACCAUGGCGGAGGUUACGGCAACAAUGGAUACAACCAAGGCGGCCCAACCGGCUGUGGUGGGGGUGCUUGUGGGGGAACUGCACAUGCUUCAGCCACAGCUACAGCUACUGCCACAGUGAAUACUUAUGGAAAACGAAAAUGA